GUCAAGAGAAGGGGAUGAUUUUCCUUUGGUUUUCUUCCUCUUGUGUGUUUUCACUGUAAUUUAAAAGGGCUGUCUCCCCUCUCUUUCUUUCUCAACUGUUCUCCGUGUUGAUUGUUGAACAGAACUCGCGUGUUAGCAGACAUUAGACAGAAGAAGUACACAGCACUUGCCUGCGAGAGAGGGCCAAAAAGGCGAGAGUAAAGUUCUCUCCCUCUGUAACACAAAAUCUAGAGAGAGAAUAAAAAAGGAAUCACCGAUCAGUCUAUCCAUCUGCGACUCUGUGAGAAAGUUCCCAACUUUCAACUUGAAAUACCCAUUUGAGAAUUUUUAUUUUCAUUUUCCAUUUAGGAUAUUCGAUCAUACAUUUUGUUUUAGUUGUCAAUUGCGAUCAUAAAUUAGUUUAUGAAUAGCGUGGAAUCCUAAUUCUGUCUCGGAAGCCGAUUUAAGGAAUUUGUUCUGGGCCUAUUGGUUUGAAGUUCGGGUUUCGGAAUUGAAUCGGGUUUUUGUUUUUCCUGGGGAUGAGAGGGGUUUAGGAUGAGCGAUAUUGACCAUGUUUGUGAUCUAAUAUGGAAGUGAUGGUAGUGAUUGACACAUACGAAGAAGAUGUCACUUUACAUUGGUCGUGAGGCCUCCAAGCUAUGGAAGAGAGUUUGUUCAGAGACUGCAACGGAGAUCAGCCUUCUUGCCGAGAACUGGAAGUAUAUUCUUUGCGGUCUAAUUUUUCAGUACAUCCAUGGAGUGGCUGCUCGAGGGGUUCAUUACUUACAUCGCCCAGGACCCACACUUCAAGAUGUUGGGUUCUUUAUUUUACCGGAACUUGGUCCAGACAAAGCUUACAUCAGCGAAACAGUAUUUUCCGUCAUCUUUCUGUCUUUUGUCUUGUGGACUUUCCAUCCUUUUAUUUGCAAGAACAAAAAGAUUUACACGGUUCUAAUAUGGUGCAGGGUCCUGGCUUUCUUAGUUGCUUGCCAAAUCCUUCGGAUCAUUACUUUCUAUUCUACGCAGCUUCCUGGUCCAAAUUAUCACUGUCGUGAGGGCUCAAAACUUGCGAGACUGCCUCGUCCUGAUAGUAUUGUAGAAGUUCUUUUAAUUAAUUUUCCUCGGGGAGUGCUUUAUGGCUGUGGGGAUCUAAUAUUUUCAUCUCAUAUGAUAUUCUCUCUUGUCUUUGUCCGCACAUAUCAUAAAUAUGGUACACAAAGGUUUGUAAAGCAUUGUGCAUGGUUAGCUGUUAUUGUUCAAAGCUUCUUGAUUGUUGCAUCUCACAAACAUUACACUGUAGACAUUGUGGUGGCAUGGUACACUGUUAAUUUGGUGGUCUUCUUUAUUGACAAAAAAUUGGCAGAAUUGCCUGAUCGCUCUGGACCGGUGGCAUUACCAUUGACAAAGGACAACAAGACUAAAGAAGAGAACCACAAACUUUUGAAUGGGAAUUCUGGAGACCCUGCAGAAAAGAGGGCAAGAUCCCAAAUCAAUGGAAAGAUAGUAGAGAACGGGAACAUAACGCAUGCUGAAACAGCAAUGAAUGGUGUAUAGAUGUUAGAAGCUCCAUCCAUCGUGGGUAGAGCAAGUCGGGAUUGGCAUGCCAAGUUACCGACUUUGUGUUGGUGGACAAUCCCCAGCCUCCUCUAGUCAUCACACGAGGUCUGGUCGAUUUGAUCUGUAUUCUAGGAAAGAAGGCUAACGCCUUUCCUUGUCCAUGAUCCAUAGUUAAAUUGCUUAAAUGCAACGAACAUAAUGUAUGUAUGUCAUGGAAUUACAAUUUGAUUAAUAGAUGCAAAGUUCACAUCCUAUUGUGUAUUGUGUAAAUUUGAAAUUGUUGAGUGUUGCUGUCCAUAUGCUAAAAAGAGCAUAUGCAUAAGCAUGCCUCUUUCUUCA